CUCCCAUUCUCUCUCUUCUCUCGCAUAAUCCACGCACUGUGUCUGUGUCUGUGACAAGAGUGUACUGCUUAGAUCUGAAAACCAAAGAAACUCUCAAAGCGACGAUCCAACUCGACUAGGGUGUGCUGGAACUUCAAUGGCAGUGACAGAUUCACAAAAUCCUCUUCUUGGAGAAGACACCUGUGGUUCCUUGUUAAAUAAGCUGCAGGAAAUAUGGGAUGAAGUUGGUGAGAGCGAUGAGGAGCGAGACAAGAUGCUUCUUCAAAUAGAGCAAGAGUGCUUGGAUGUGUACAAGAGAAAGGUUGAACAGGCUGCUAAGUCAAGGGCGCGCCUUCUUCAAUCUUUAUCUGAUGCUAAGAUUGAGCUUUGUAAUCUUCUAUCGGCUCUUGGAGAGAAGGGCUUUGCUGGAAUGCCAGAAAAAACUUCGGGCACUAUCAAGGAACAGCUUGCAGCUAUAGCACCAAUACUUGAAAAGUUAUGGCAACAAAAGGAUGAAAGAGUAAAGGAGUUUUCGGAUGUGCAGUCGCAGAUUGAAAAGAUAUGUGGAGAGAUUGCCGGCGACUUGAGUCCUAGUGAUCAGACAGGACCGCCCGCAGUUGAUGAGUCUAAUCUGUCCUUGAAGAAAUUAGAUGAAUUUCAAUCCCAACUACAAGAACUUCAAAAGGAAAAGAGUGAGAGGUUGCACAAGGUUCAUGAAUUUGUGAGUACUGUGCAUGAUCUUUGUUCGGUCCUUGGUAUGGAUUUCUUGAGUACUGUGACUGAGGUUCAUCCGAGCUUAGAUGAUUCUACCAGUGUUAACUCCAAAAGCAUAAGCAACGGCACACUAGCUCGGCUGGCUAAUACAGUAUCAACACUGAAUGAAGAAAAACAGAAAAGGCUACACAAGCUCCAAGAAUUGGCUUCCCAGUUGGUUGAUCUGUGGAAUCUAAUGGAUACUCCUCCGGAGGAGAGAAGUCUAUUUGACCAUGUUACCUGCAAUAUGUCAACUUCUGUGGAUGAAGUCACUGUUCCUGGUGCUCUUGCUUUGGAUCUGAUUGAGCAGGCUGAAGUGGAAGUAGAGAGGCUCGAUCAGCUGAAAGCCAGCAGGAUGAAAGAAAUUGCUUUCAAGAAGCAAGCAGAACUUGAAGAGAUAUUUGCCCGUGCUCAUAUUGAAAUAGAGCCAGAAGCUGCUCGAGAGAAGAUUAUGUCGCUGAUUGAUUCUGGAAACAUCGAACCAACUGAAUUGCUGGCUGACAUGGACAAUCAAAUAGCAAAGGCGAAAGAAGAAGCUUUAAGCCGAAAAGAAAUAUUGGACAAGGUUGAGAAGUGGAUGUCAGCAUGUGAGGAAGAGAGCUGGCUUGAAGACUAUAAUCGGGAUGAUAACAGGUAUAAUGCAAGCAGAGGUGCUCACUUAAACCUGAAACGUGCAGAGAAAGCUAGGAUACUAGUCAACAAAAUUCCAGCUUUGGUUGACACAUUGGUUGCUAGAACUCGAGCAUGGGAAGAAGUUCAUGACAUGUCAUUCGCAUACGACGGUGUUCCUCUUCUUGCUAUGUUAGAUGAAUACGCCAUGCUCAGGCAUGAAAGGGAAGAGGAAAAACGAAGGAUGAGGGACCAAAAGAAGUAUCAUGAACAGCAAAACACAGAACAGGAUUCUCCUUUUGGCACAAAACCCAGCCCUGCUCGGCCGGUUGGCAGCAAGAAGGUAGUUGGCCCUCGUGCUAACGGAGGAGCUAACGGCACUCCUAACCGACGACUCUCUCUGAAUGCCCAUCAGAAUGGAAGCAAGUCUACAUCAAAAGAUGGGAAAAGGGAUAGACAAUCUGCUCCCCUGAAUUAUGUUUCCAUAUCAAAAGAAGAUGCUGCUUCCCAUGUUUCUGGUUCUGAACCAGUCCCCGCAUCACCCUAAUAAUAGAGAUGUAUUUUCAACCAUAGUUUUCAUCUUUGUAGCAUUAUCACUUCACUAGUUAUUGCUGUAGGAAUAUAAUCUUUCAGUUACAAGCAACUAGAGAGGAACUGUUCUGAGAUGUGUAUGUUGUAUCUGUCAUUUAAAGGUUUUCUUAAUACAUGUUGCUUUUAUCCUU